AGAGAGAUUCACUCCACAAUGGAAAGCGACAACAGCCGAUCAGUUAGCAUUCACUGAGGAUAGCACACGCCAUGCGAAUAUAAAAUGUACACAGCGAUUGAGGGCGCAAGGCCUCCCUCUUCUCGUGCAGCACUCGGAACUCACAGACACACACAUUGAUGGAAUCGAGUCGACUGCAAAACGCAAAAAGCCAAGGACUGCAGACACGUCAGCAAAAGGACACAUUUCACAAAACAAAACACAGGCUUCUAUGCACCCUUGGUUGGCCGACUGAAUAUCGAUAUAUGAAUAGAAUGGUGUAUACCGAUUAUGGCGCGUCUUGAUGCUGAACAGGCAAACCAGGAAUCUGCCCCAGCAGCUGGCGUUCUGGAGGGCGUCGACACCAACGUCACCUGCAGACAGAACGACAAAAACACAACGCUGGCUUUCAUUCAUCGGAUUGUUGGCCAUCUUACGGCGCUCUGGAUGGCGCUCCACAUAGACUAGCACGGGACCCCCUGGUUGAGCAACGAGCCCACGGAGGCCAAACGCCAGUGUUGGACUCAGGUCGUCGGCUGUCAGGAGCUGGCUCGAAGAUGAUCUCCUCGGGGGUGGGAGGAGGCUGCAGAUCAGGGAACAACCCAUUGAUCUCCUCGUGGUGUGGCAAUGUUUCGGCAUAGUCAGUGGCCUUUGGUGUGGCAAUGUUAUUUUGUCUGAAGACCCAGAAAGAAGACAGCGCAUUAUUUUCUUUCUUUUACUCAUUCAAAUGCCUUGCCAGCUGGCAGCGGCUCCUGAGCUGCAUCUCUCUCUUCCUUGCUGAGCAAGGAGUGGAGUCUUCGUACGCAAAAGAAGGCUUCAGCCUCUUGUUCAAGCAGCAGUGUGUCUUUAAGCUGGUUCAUCUCCGCCAUAGCUGAAAAGCAAGCAACGCAGACACAUCGCAGUCGCGAGUUGGCAGGGUAAAGAUUUUUUUACCCGAAACGAAAAUCAAAAUCACCUUCCCCUUAAACCGAUGCCAUUCAUUGCUUUUUACGUCGUCCAGAAGAAGAGAGGAUGAGACACAACGAGUUUGUACCUUAUCACUUUCCCUUCCUUUGUGACUUACAGCAGAGCCCUUUGAUGGCGUUCAGCAUUAUGAUGCCGCCUGUCGUCUUAGCCAUGCCAGGAACAGUAAAGUCAAAGUCAUGAAUCGUCACAUUUAUCUGUGACAACACCGCGAUAACAAUAUGUGAGUGCAUGUGUGAUUGCUGUGAGCGCGUUUGUGAUUGUCCUCACCUCAGGUAAAGCUUUUUGAAGCAGGGCAUCUGUCAGAAACUCCUCUUCCAGUCUCGAUUGUCUUUCUUCGAUUUCAAUAAUUCUGCCGUCCUAUGAGAAGGAAACACCACAGAGCAUUGCGCAGAGAUACGAGGGAAACACAGUGUUGCUGCUCUAGACCUCUCGGUCGCCAGCAAAAUAUGCCUUCAGAGGGGCUGCACAAACAUCAGCAGGAAGCCAACUUGGGUAACGCUUUUGGCGCAGGCUCUCUUCAUUGCAUGGAGCUUCUGCCAUACAACUGACCGCUCGCAAUUGUAGCCGACAUUAACAUCAGACGAACCCUGCCUCCUUUCCCCUCGUAGACGUGCCCCUCGUAGACGUCUUUUAAGAGAGUCUUCAGUAGAAGCGACACGUAGGGAGACAAGAGCUGAUCAGUCGAUGAAUUUUUGCUUACCACCAUGCAUUCCACAUCCAUUUGGCGAGAGUGUGCCUCGUCCAAAAUGAUGUUGACGUCGGUGAUAGGCCCAGAUGACAAAAGCAUUCUAG